GGCCAGCAGUUGAUUACCUUCUUUCCCUGCUUCUGUCCCAUCGAUAACUGCUCAGGAAGAGUCCUUGAGCUCUAAUUAGGAUCCAUCUGUCUCCCUGCUCUGUCACAGCACCCUGUAAGGAUUGCCAGGCGAUAAUGAAGGUUCUUUUACUAAAAGACCCUAAGGAGGAUGACUGUGGCCAAGAUCCAUAUAUCAGGGAACUAGGAUUAUAUGGACUUGAAGCCACUCUGAUCCCUGUUUUAUCAUUUGAGUUUUUGUCUCUUUCCAGUUUUUCUGAGAAGCUGUCUCAUCCUGAAGGCUACGGGGGCCUCAUUUUUACCAGCCCCAGAGCAGUGGAAGCAGUGGAACUGUGUUUGGAGAAAGACAAUAAAACUGAAGUCUGGAAACACUCUCUGAAAGAAAAGUGGAAUGCUAAGUCAGUGUACGUGGUUGGAAGUGCUACCUCUUCUCUAGUGAAUAAAAUCGGCCUGGACGCAGAAGGAGAGAGCUGUGGAAAUGCAGAAAAGCUCGCAGAAUACAUUUGUUCCAGGGAGUCACCGGCAUUGCCUCUCCUGUUUCCCUGUGGAACCGUCAAAGGGGAAAUCCUGCCGAAGAUGCUCAAGGACAAAGGUGACGAGAAUGCACUGGGGAUCGUGGUCACCUCCUCCCUUGUCCGCCUCCUCGGGUCUACCGGGAGCCUUCGUGCUGUGUGAGCAAGGGCAGGUCACACGCGGUGCACGUGUCCACAUCCCCGCCUGCGGAAUGAGCACAACCACAGAGCCUGCCGCCCAGGGCCG